CGCCCCCUGGAGACGAGGCAGAACCAGGCACAGCCCCGUGGAGUUCCCCAAGCGCCCGGUGUGAGGAUGAGCCGUGUCCUCGGUGCCCGGCCACCCUUGGGUGUGCUCGUCUCCUGCUCGCACCUUUCAGAUGACGAGCCGGGGUCUCGGGUGCAGACCCCUCCACUGCUGCUGCUGCGUUCUGAACCCCUCUCUGCCCCCCAACUAGAGGAGCAAGUCCACCUUCGCCUCAGCCACUAGCAUCUCAACAAUCUACUUUCCAUGGACGUUGGCUUGACAAUCUUGUGCUGAAUUCUGGAUCACUUCUUGCUGCCCCAGCAUGUUUGAUUCCUAGUACUCCUGCCACAGUUGCUAAAAAAUUGAAUGAAUUUUGAAUCAUUUUAAUGAGAUCAGGCAGGUUUGGGGUUGUAUGGCCGUACAUAGACUUGAGGCAUUUAGAAGAGAAUAAGAAGCUAUUUGGAAAAUGUCAAGGCAGACUGUGCACUCUGUCCUUUUUCUUAAAAAAAAAAAAAAAACUCCAUUUGUAUGUAUUUUGACUGUGUGGCAUGUGGGAUCUUAGUUUCUGACCAGGGAUCGAACCCACAACCCCUGCGUUGGAAGCACAGAGUCUUAACCACUGGACCACCAGGGAAGCCCCUGACUGGCUUUAAUCUUAUUUUUGUCAACAGACAAACUCACCUACCUUACCAUGCUUCAUGACUGAGGAUCCCCAAAGGUGAAUUUAACCUUGGGUUUAUUUUAUGAAGGUUAUAAAACUUACUGUAAGAAACUGGGUCUUUUGCUAAUUGUGGCAGAUGUUAUCAAGAAGUCAGGACUUCCCUGGUAGCGCAGUGGGUAGGAAUUCUCUCGGCAAUGCAGGGGACACGGGUUCGAUCCCUGGUCCGGGAAGAUCCCACGUGCUGCGGAGCCCCUGAGUCCAUGGCCACACUACUGAGCACCUGCUCUGGAACUGGCAAACCGGAAUUACUGAGCCCUCGUGCUACGCCUACUGACGCCUGUGUGCCUGCAGCCCGUGCUCUGCAACAAGAGUAGCCCCCACAAUGAGGGGCCCAUGUGCCACAACCAGGGAGUAGCCUGCUCACCAACACUAGGGAAAAACCUGUGUGUGGCAGCGAAGGCCCAGCGCAGCCAAGACUCAAUUUUUUUAAAAAUUAAAAAAAGUCAAACAUUUGUUUCUUUAUAUAAAGGACCUGACAAAGGACAAAGCAGGAAUAAGUCAUUAAGACGCUAAAUUACACAUCAAGUUCUUGAAGUUAAACUCAGUCGGGAAAUGCCGGGGCCUCUCAUUUCUAACCCAUUACAUCUGCCCAGACGGCUGGAGUUGUGGCAGGUGCCACGGAGUGAGGGCGCAGGCUCAGUGCGGACACGGACUGCAGCCUCUGGCUGCACAGGUGCCCAGAGACCUGCUCUGGCCUCACGGACGCCUGGCUCACUUCCGGGAGCGCCACCUCUCUUUCUCAAGAUGCGUUUCCUGCUCUGCACGGGCUUCCGGGAGCCACGCAGCGCAUCCUGAAAGCCCGGCCACCCCCGGCGUCCCUGGCUCGGCAUGGAGCUGCCGCCGGGCACCUACAACGACACAGCCGCGGGGCUGGAGCUGCCGCGCACGCUGGCCAACAGCUCCGUGGCGCUCUCAGAGCGGCAGCAGUACGCCAUCGGGCUCUUCCUGUCCUGCCUGUACACCAUCUUCCUCUUCCCCAUUGGCUUCGUGGGCAACCUGCUCAUCCUGGUGGUGAACAUCCGCUUCCGGGAGAAGAUGACCAUCCCCGACCUGUACUUCAUCAACCUGGCGGCCGCGGACCUCAUCCUGGUGGCGGACUCGCUCAUCGAAGUGUUCAACCUGGACGAGCAGUACUACGACAUCGCUGCGCUCUGCACCUUCAUGUCGCUCUUCCUGCAGGUCAACAUGUACAGCAGCGUCUUCUUCCUCACCUGGAUGAGCUUCGACCGCUACCUGGCCCUGGCCAAGGCCGUGCGCUGCGGCCCGUUCCGCACAAAGCCUUGCGCGCGGCUGAGCUGCGGCCUCAUCUGGAUGGCCUCCGUGUCCGCCACGCUGGCGCCCUUCACGGCUGCCCACCUGCAGCGCAGUGAGGACGCGUGCUUCUGCUUCGCCGAUGUCCGGGAGGUGCAGUGGCUAGAGGUCACGCUGGGCUUCGUGCUGCCCUUCGCCGUCAUCGGCCUCUGCUACGCGCUCAUCGUGCGCGUGCUGGUGAGCGCGCACCGGCACCGUGGCCUGCGCCCGCGGAGGCAGAAGGCACUGCGCAUGAUCCUGGCCGUGGUUUUGGUCUUCUUCGUGUGCUGGCUGCCCGAGAACGUCUUCAUCAGCGUGCACCUGCUGCAGCGCGCGCCGCCGGGGGCCGCGCCCUGCCAGCGCUCCCCCCGCCACGCCCACCCGCUGGCCGGCCACGUGGUCAACCUGGCCGCCUUCUCCAACAGCUGCCUCAACCCGCUCAUUUACAGCUUCCUCGGGGAGACCUUCCGCGACAAGCUGCGGCUCUACCUGGAGCAGAAAACCGGCCUGUCGGCCCUGAACCGCCUCUGCCAUGCGGCCCUGAAGGCCGUGGUCCCGGACAGCGCAGAGCAGGCCGAGGUGAAGCUCAGCAGCACCGUGUAGGGGCCGCAGGGGAGGACAGCGCGGCCCUGGGGCGUCUGUCCACCGGUGGCUCCCACAGAACCGCCCCCUGCCUCCGGCACAUGCUGGGCCCGGGGCAGACGCUUCUGAAGCCCCCAAGGAGAGCAGAAAGGAGGGCGCCGGGAUGAGGCAGCCUUGUUUCCAGGCGGAUGUGCCGUGAACCCGCCAUCUCGGGGACGGAAGGCGCAGGCUGACGUGAGCUGGGGGCGUAGGGCGCGCUCCACGGCGGGUGUGCACCAGGCCCCCGCGCCUCCCCCCACACCUGGGGGAAACCUCCUGAAGGGUGGGCCGCGGCAGGCGUGUGAAGAACCUGCCUCUGAAACACAGUGGUGACAGUGACAACUAGAGUCUUCCUGUUAAAAUGUAAGA